GCUCCUGGGGCACUCAGGCGACUUCGCCUUGGACAGGGUGCUGCCGUUCGUGCCGGAGCGGCACCGCCUGGUGGCCGCGUACACGUUCCGCUGGGCAUGGUUCUUGCUGGAGGUGCUGGUCCUGCUGCACUUCGAGCGCGCAAAGGACCGGUGCAUGGCCGAGUUCGCCUGGUGCCUGGAGGCCAUCGUCGCCGCCAUGCGGUUCGCGGUCCUGCACGUCCUGCCCAUUGCCGUGUCGUUGCUGGCCGCCAGCGACGACGACGGGGACGGGAAGUGGGCCACGAUCUCCCGGCGAGCCCUGCU